AUGAGCUGUGAGCUUGGGCAAGUGCAGUGGAAAGGUGUAAUUCAGAGAGAAAGUACACAUUCAGCACAACUGGAGAUGAAUGUCUGUAGGUUACGCUUAACAGUACCACCUGAUGAAGGCUCACAGCCUGAACAGGGAGCAAAGGAACCUGAAAGAAAGAAAAACGAGCUCUAUCAUGUACCAAAUGGCAUGUCUCCAGGGAAGCUCUCUCAUGGGAUGGUGUAUGGCGUCGUGCACCGAACUGACAACAACCAUAAGAAAGAAAUGGUGGUUUAUGGCUGGUCAGCUGAUCAGCUGAAAGAGGAGAUGAAUUACAUUAAAGAAGUGAGAGCAACUCUAGAAAAAGUAAGAAAGAAAAUGUAUGGUGAAUAUGAUGAAAUGAAACGAAAAAUACAGCAGCUUACGAAUGAACUGAAAGUGACAAAUGCUCAUCAGGAAUCCUUAGAGAAUCAUGUGCGAGUGCAGGCUGCAGCCUUAGAUAGCUUUAGUGAAAUGAACAGCUCCUUGACAUCAGCAUCAAUAGACUUGCAGAAAACUCUAGUGGAUGUUACAUUGGAGAACACUGAUAUAAGGGAACAAAUAAGGAAUUUAAAACAUACACAUGAGCAAUCUAUGGAAAAGCUGAGAGAGAAGCAAAAGCAACUGGAAACAGCACAAAUUGAAAAUCAGUUACUGAAACUAAAGGUGGAAUCAUCGCAGGAAGCCAAUGCUGAAGUCAUGAGAGAGAUGACAAGAAAACUGUAUAGUCAGUAUGAGGAAAAAAUGCGAGAAGAAGAGCAGAAACAUAAAGCUGAGAAAGAAAUUCUACUAGAGGAAACGAAUCGGCUUCUGAAGGCUAUUGAAGAGGCAAAUAAGAAGAUGCAGAUUACAGAAACAAGCAUACAGGAAAAAGACCAGAGAAUUGGUGAGCUCGACCGGCUGAUUGAACGCAUGGAAGAGGAACGUCACCAGCUGCAAAAACAACUCGAAUUAAAUGAAAUACAAAUAUCUGGAGCAAAAUCUGAAAACAGCUCUGACAGUGAAAGGUCACAGCAUUUGGAGGAGGUAGCAGCUAGCCUAAGAGAGCGAAUCAAACACCUGGAUGAUAUGGUCCACUGCCAACAGAAGAAAGUCAAACACAUGGUUGAAGAGAUUGAAAUGCUAAGGAAAAAAGUAAAAGAAAAGGAAUUAUUUAUAAUACAGCUUUUAGAAAAAAUCUCUUUCUUAGAAUGUGAGAAUAAAGAAUUACAAGAUAAAUUGGACUACUUAAUGGAAAACCAACCAAAGACCAAUAUAGAAACCAGAGAUACUGGUGUAGGAUGUGAUCUUCCAUACAGGAAAUUCAUUGCUAGGCUUCCAGAUAAGGGUAAGAAGAUCUCUGAUUUUGCUGAAAAGCUGACGCUUGCUAUUUUACAAGAGGAAGAAUUAGCAAGGACGGCUGAGCUGUUAUCUGCUGUCAGGUUGGAGUUUCAGGUGAAACAGGAAGAGAUUAAUACAAGCAAACAGCAAGUUAUCCUAAACGAGGACACGCUAAACUGUAAAGAUUCCACAGUCUUUAAUGACAACUCUAAUAUUAAAGAAGCUUCUGAGAUUUCUUCCCAAAGGCAGGAGGUAGAAUGUAUUGAGCAAGAUGCCACAAAUACAGCUCUAGAAAAUCAAAGGACUCAGAGGAAAAAUGAUAAAGACAAGACUGUUACAAAAGAUCAGAAACUUUGUGAAGUCGUCUCCAAGUCAGCCACAAGCAGUCAUCUGACAAAUGAUCAGCAGGUAUCUCAGAGCAAUGCUGAGGUUGGUGCAGAAAGUACAGCUGCUUUGGACAACAGUAGUGACGCGUUGGUUGAUGCCUUUCAAAAAGUUACAAUUGUAGAUGGCAAUAACAGUGAUGAAAAAGUAUUGGAAAAAGAUGAGAAUGUGGCUAAACAUAAGGGCAAUAUCUUUGGAAGCCGGCACCCCAAGAUACCACAUUAUAUUGAAGUUCUAGAGUCUAGAGCCAAGAACCCAGUCAUAAAAAAAAGCAAAUUUAAAACAAAUGUAUUAUCAGGAGAGCAAAGUGGAUCAUCACAUGGUUCCUCAUCCAGUCAAUCACCUGGGGGAUUUGGCUCUCCAAUUACUACUGAAGAAAGGCGACUUAGAGAUAAGAAACAUUUAAAUGACAUCACAGCAGCUCGGCUGCCACCGCUUUACCAUUCCCCUGCUAAGCUAUUAUCCAUAGAGGAGUCCAUAGCAAUUCAGAUACAGCAAAAAGAAGCUUAUGAGGAAAUGCAAGCCAAGCUUGCAGCACAGAAGCUUGCAGAGAGAUUGAAUAUAAAAAUGCUCAGGUUUGAACCAGAGGGGGAGGCCUUGAUGCAAUACAGAGAAGUGAGAGAUGAAGAUUAUUUUUCAGCAGAGGACUGAAUUCAAGAAGGGAUGUCUGAGGAUGAGCCACGUAACUGAUCUUUAUGCAGUACUUCUUAAAACCCAAACAUGGAUAUUGAGAAUGCUUGAUCUAGUCAGUUUUUUUCUUAAAAUUUUAACAUUACAGCUAUUGGAAGGGUUCAAUAUAAACCUCAUAAAUAUAAGUGUUAUUAAGUGAUAACCCCAGUGUUAUUUGGGGACUGUUUUGAGCACUUUGGGCAGUUAAUCCUUGUGGAAUGCCCCAUAGUUUUCAGCUACAGCAAAGUGAGCUCUUUAAUAUACUUUUGCAGGCUAUGAUGAGUCAUCUACAAGAGAAAUUUUCUUCUGCGCAGAAAUGUGAUUGCAAAGGGCAUCAGCACACAUGUCCAUUAAGUCAGCUAAGAUGCCUGUGAACUGCUCGCACGUAUGAAAGCUCUUGUCUUGUAUAAAUGUGAGAUACUUCCUUUAUCUGUUUAAGAUUAGCUUGCUUUUACCGUACAGUGAAAAUACAUGCCCAGACAGCUACAAUAAAUACGUGAUAGGCUGUAAGUUAACUUCUUGUCACAUGAGAACUUGUUUCUGUGCCUGCACCUUAAAAUAACACUUUCUGCCCUUAUGUUGUAAUAAAUAGGUUAAGAAUUUCAAGUUAUUUUGUAACUCAAAUUCUGUUUGGGCUUUAAGGGACUCUGCUGUUCCAUUUUUGAAAGCACAUAAAGAGAUCAAGUUAAUCUGAAGACUUCAGUAUUUUUAUUAAAGGUCUUGGUGUUUUUUCCAUAUUUUUGUACACUGCUUUCGUACUUUGGAAUACUAUUUUUUCAUAGUCUGAUACUGUAAAUUAAGAGUUCCACCCUCUGGUUUUCUUGGAGAAAAUAUUCUGUGUAUUUUGCAGUUUUAGCUGUUCUUUGAAGAUAAAAAAACAUUUCUUCUUUACAAUAACCUUUUCUGCCUUUUAUAUGAAUUUUGAAAGAUAAGGAACACCUGAGAAAUAUUUCACAAUGAUAUUCCACUGUCAACUAGGAUAUUCCAGCCCUAGUAGGAGUUCAGAAAGUUUAGUUUUUUAGAAAGAAGACAAAACCUCAGAGAUUCCUUGCAUAGCCUGGUAACAGCUGUUUUCCGAGACGCUGCAGCGGCAGUGUGUGCUCUCCCUGGAUGCGUACAUAUUCCUGGAGGAGUGGUGUCUCUGGAAACCAAGGGUGCUCCAGAUGUUUCAAAGAACUGCAUGAUGUCAUCUAGAAAUGGGGGAUGAAAGUCUCUGCCCCUUCUUGAGCGCAUACAGCACUUUACUAGCAGGCAGUAACUCUCUCCCAAACGCUCCGCAAGCUCUCCCAGGUAGUGCCUGUGGCACAGUCCACACUGGCAAUGCAGUCUGACAGCUGGAACUGCUGCUAAGCUAAUAGGUGUUAUUUUUUGACUAGCUCAUCUGUGGUGCCUCGUUCCUGUACCCUUUCCUCUCACAGCUUUCUUGUUCUCAUUGUUCAUUGGUUUUUCAUCAGCUGUCUGCUCUUCCCUUUUCCUUAUGUCACUAAAGCAAAUUCAUAUUCUGCAUCCCUGCACCACCCAUUCCCUUUCAUAUGACUUAUUGCUCCCUGUAUCUGCAUUUAAACUUCUGCCACGUGUCACACAUCCUCCUGCCAUUGCUAUCUUCUCUUGCUUUCUGUAACUCCAUUUAAAUACCAGCUGUGCACCUGGGCACCUUCUACAUACCUCAGUCACUUGAGUAUCUUGCAGACCUGAAUGUGUUUUUGCCACAGCUGCCCUCCUACUGAGGCUUUCCUUUCUUGUUUCUUAUCUUGGUUUCAGACUGUGCAAGUGUUUGUCACUUCCAGGCCUUAUAGCCUCCUUUAUACCACUUUAUCCUGGGUUUUUUCUCUCUUUGUGUGUGUGUGCACUCCUGCUUCAUCCUCUCAGCUUCUCACCAUCACUUCUCUUUGUCAGCACUGGUUUUUGGCACACUUCCAGUCAUUCACAUUCAUCCCUCAGCAUCCGUGUUGAUGACCCAUCUGAUCCCUCAGUUAUAAGUAUUUCUUCCCUUAGUGUCCUCCUUCAGCGUGUGGCUCUGACUCCACAGGCCAGGGGAGCGCUCUCCUCUUGUGGAUGCGGUUCAUCUCGGAUCACCAUUGUCCAUGCUACCACCUGCUCGUCCAGCUGGGUCUUGUCAUCAGUCCUGCUGUUAG